UUGCCUGUCAGGGUCACACCUGUCGGGCGGUGCUACCGGCGGGGUGUCACUCACUCUAUCACUUGCUCUCUGUCUGGCCGGUCAACUCCUUCAAGACAAGAAUGGUAAUGGCUGAGUGUUAAUGCACCAUGGCUGCAAAAAGGAAUUGCAAGCGAAGUAGGGAAAUACACGGCGUAAUGUGUAACAAGUCCGGAGCUAAACUGCUCAGCUUUUUAAACCACAGAGGAGGAAUUAAAACGCCUUUAAGCAGCUUUCUUUAGCAAAAGUCUGGAGGAGUUUAGAGGAACUGGCCCGUGAAGCUUUUACAGCUGUUUCUUGUUAGGUAACCUAUUUUGUGCUCGAGACAUGGCUCUGUCCCAGAUACAGUGCCUGGAUGAUAACCAUGUGAACCCGCGGACGCACGAGUCCAAACCGGAGUUCCUGUACUGCGAAGACCAGCGGCUCGCGCUGGAGGCUCUCCUGAAGGAUGGUCGCGAGGCGUUUUUUAAGUACUUGGAGGCUCGUGGCCUGCGGGGCUUCCUCUCAGACCCCGAGCUGGAAACUCUCACCGGGGCGGCGGAGCCCUAUGACCCGGGCUCGGCGCUCUUCCCGGAGAGUGCCGAGGACGACGAGCCCCCGCUGUCACUGCACUACUGGCCCGAGCUGUCGGACACGUCCGUCCCGCAGAUGGACCUGGGCUGGCCGGACAGCGAUGCUUACCGGGGAGUGACGCGCACUACCAUGUACUCGCAGCCACCGCUCGAAGGUCAGGCGCAUAUCAAAGAGAUUGUGAGAAAAAUGAUUGCGCAGGCGCAAAAGGUAAUAGCAGUCGUAAUGGAUGUUUUCACUGAUGUUGACAUCUUUAGAGAUUUGCUCGAUGUGGGUUUUAAGAGGAGGGUUUCUGUCUACAUCCUGUUGGAUCGUACAACACUACCUCAUUUCCUGUCCAUGUGUCAGAGGGCCAACAUGCAUGCUGGACACCUCAAGCACCUUCGUGUACGCUGCACAGAAGGAGUGGAGUUCUACACUCGGUCCUCCACCAAGGUCAGAGGGCGAAUGGGACACAGAUUCAUGUUUAUUGACGGAGACAAAGCUGUGUCUGGGUCGUACAGUUUCACUUGGAUGUCAUCGCGGCUGGAGAGAAAUCUCAUCACUGUGGUUACAGGCCAGGCAGUGGAGGCCUUCGACAGGCUGUUUCGUUUCCUCUAUGCGACCUCCAAUUUGGUGGAUGUCCGGCAGGUCGCCACGGAGCCUGAACCGGAAGUGGAGCCCCCCCCACAGCCAGCCGCAGUGACCCCUCCUUCUGCUGCUCUUGCUAGGAAACUAUACAACCCCAAGUAUGCCCUGGUUACUUUAGGCAACCCCAGUCCCACCCCUCCCGCUGGCCAAAACAGCACCAAAGAGACUCAAAAUCCAGAGGUCCCAGAAACCAAGAAAAGGGGACGGAGGAGAGCUAGUAAGGAAGCAAUAAAGGAGGCUCCCCCCAUCCACCCUGGACUCACCAACCUUGAGAAAGCAUGUUUGAUGUCAUAUCUGCCCAUCUGGCCAGAGCCUGACCCCCCCAGUGAUGUAAUUGGGUUCAUUAACAUUCGUGAUUCCAGCAAACCAACUCAGUUCCACCUACAGAGAUCUGAGAUGUUUGAAACCAGCCAAGCGAUCAGGUUUAGCAGUCCAUUCAGUAUGCCUAAGGAAACCCUGCCAGAGGUCGCCAAGCCCAGGAAGCCUACUGACAAACAUGAGGAAAUGAAUAAACUCCAACCAGCACAAGACAACACCAAGGCUGAGGAGGUGGUGGUAGACAGAGCUCAGCCAUCGCAACUCAAUGCAGGGCCUGGUGACAUUGAAAGUAAAGCAGAGGCAGGUGAACACAAAUCACCUGCAUCUGGGCCUAAGUGUGAAUCUGACACUACUAAGACUCUCAACACUGAGAAUAAACUGCAUUCCAACACACCCACCAACCAAGAAGCAGGCCACAACACCACGCCUCACCUCAAUGCACACGCACCUCCCCAAUCCAGCAGCAAAGCAUCCAGUCCUAACGCUGGGAGGCCGUCACACACCACGCAAACUGUCACCACACAUCCUCAGCCCGACUCCCUCCCUGGACUGAACACCAAAAAAGAAGCAGAAACUAGUUUAAGAUUACAGAGUGCUGUUGUGCAAACCACACGCAAGCUGAAGCCAGACAGUACACAACCUGCACUACCGCGUGGUCCCACUAACUGGAACUCAAACACAGAACAACGCGCACAAACAAAGACGAUGUUGCCACAUUCAGAUUCACACGCAGAGGCUGUUCACGUGCAGCCACAAAACUCCUCUGAAAUGACUCUUAACACCCAGAAUCCCACCGUCAACCACUACGUGUCCUCCUCCUCUACCUCUGCCAUGUGCCCUCAGUUUGUCAGCUCUACCUCUCUUUCUGAAAAUAACCAUGGCUCCAUUACUACAAGCACAGCUACCAGUGCCUGUGCUCCUUCCUCCAUCAGCUCUCCUCCUUCCCUUCCUCAUCUUACCUCUUCUUCUACAACUCUUAAUCCUCCCCUCCCUUCCGCCUCAGCAUCCCCAUCUUUGACCUCAACUCCCCCAAUCCCUAAACCUCGUACCAUACAGCUGGUCAUCAAAGACGGCGUCAUCAGCAAUGACCAGAUGCUGCCGGAGUUCAGUGUUGUCCGGAGGCCUGCGACCAGCACAGGGGCGCUAGGGGUCCAC